AAACAAUGGGAUGAAAACUGCUUCUACUUUGUGACCAAAUUUGGUGUCUUUCAAGGCAUUUGUGUGGGAAAUGAAGACUUAGCCGAAGAGGCGACGACGGAUUGUCCGCAUGAAUGCAAUGAUAAUAAAUCCAAUAAAUCCGAUACGAUUUGUGCCUCAAAUGGAAACACUUAUGAAUCGAUUUGUCGGAUGAAACUGUUUAACUGCAGUCUAACACAAGUGGAUUGGGAGCACUGCAGGGGAAGACAUCCGUUAUGUCCAUCCGAUUGCCUCGACAUUCAGGAUCCGGUUUGCGCUGAGGGACGAGCUCUUGACAGCUGUCCGGACACGUGCUUAGAAUUCCCAAAACCCGUUUGUGGAACCGAUGGACAGAUUUAUCUGAAUGAAUGUCAAUUAAGACAAAUGAAUUGCGACCAAGACGUCAAAGUGGUGCCAAUGAAUCAAUGCGCCAAGAAAUCCAGUUGUCCGGAACAAUGUUUGGCAAUCUAUGAUCCCGUUUGCGGCUCUGAUGGCAAAGUAUAUCUAAAUCACUGCAAAAUGCUGUACGAAAACUGCGAGACAAGUAUUAAGCGAAUGCCUCUUAGGUUUUGUGUUGGAGAUGACGAACAGAAGCUCUAAAAACAUAUAACGAUUGGUUGAGCGAUAAAAAUAAACUAAACAAUACAUGCGUUUCAAUAAAUAAAUACAAUAAAUGGAUGAAUAAAAUAGUAAUUAUUAACAAA